AGAAUGGAACAGUCCAGUAAUAUAGAGAGAGACGGAGUGAGAGAGUGAGAGAAGCAAACCAGGAUGAACAGCCAGAUGUCUCCCUAGUCUGUGAGUUUUGUCGCAGUGGAAUAGACGUGCACUUUUAUUGUCAAUGCUUGCACUGCUCGCCAUUGUAUGGGAUUAUAAACAGUCUAUUUUAGAUUUGUAAACGUGUAGCAAGAUGUCAAAAGGCGUCUGGAGGAAGCGCGCCCUCUCCACGACUGGAGAAGCCUUGUUCACCUGCCUCGUGAUGAUGUUUCUUCUCGUCGCCGUUCUCAAACACCAGGGGACUCUCGUGGAGGAAGGUUCCCCCGGGAGAGAGUUCGGGACUCGCUCCCUGCAAAGUUUAAACAGCAUGAAUAAUAAUGACAAAACUGUUAACCAAGCUCCAGGCGAGGAUCGGGUCGGGGAGAAAUGUCAGGCUACCCAGGUCAAGGGUUUCUCAGCGUACUUCAGUGAGUUGAGUCGGGGGAAGCGGGCGGUGGAGCACAGAGCGGUGAAGGCUAGUGAUCCUACACCGGUGGAGGAGCUCAGUCCGGCGGAUGUGUUCAUAGCGGUGAAAACCACCAAGAAAUACCACCACACCAGGCUGGACCUACUGCUGGACACGUGGAUCUCUACAAACAUGCUACAGACGUACGUAUUCACCGACGGAGAAGAUGACAGGCUGAGGAAGAGGAUGGGGAGUCACAUGAUCAAUACUAACUGUUCAGCGGCUCACAGUCGCCAGGCUCUGUCCUGUAAAAUGGCCGUCGAAUACGACACCUUCAUCAGCUCUGGCAAGAAGUGGUUCUGCCACGUGGAUGAUGAUAACUACGUGAACAUACGUCCCCUUGUGAAGCUCCUGUCUCACUACAGCCACGCCCACGAUGUCUACAUUGGCCGGCCUAGCCUCGACCGACCACUAGAAGCCACCGAGAGGUUUGGCGACUCCCACACGCGUCCAGUGCGUUUCUGGUUUGCCACAGGAGGUGCAGGGUUCUGUGUUAGUCGAGGUCUCGCCCUCAAGAUGAGCCCCUGGGCCAGUGGCGGUAAUUUCAUGACAACAGCUGAUCGUAUUCGUCUCCCUGACGACUGUACGGUUGGUUACAUCAUCGAGGCGUUGCUAGGGGUGGGUCUUAUCCGCUCCCCACUGUUCCACUCUCACCUGGAGAACCUUCAGCUGGUGUCACCGACACAGAUACAACACCAGGUGACUCUGAGUUAUGGAACGUUUGAUAGUAAGAGAAACAUAAUCAACGUAAGAGGAGCGCUCUCAUUGGACGAAGACCCUACCAGGUUCAGGUCUGUCCAUUGUGUCUUAUACCCAGACACUCCGUGGUGUUCAGCCCUGACCUGGUACUGAGGUACUGACCCCACCAAUCCAGAGACACAGAAAGAGGGGAGAAGACGAGAGAGGGAGCAAAGACACGGAGGGAGCGAUGGACAGAGGAGAGAGAAGUGGAGAAGAGGGACUAGAGAUAUUGAUGAAUGGAUAGACAGAGGAGAGAAGACUGACUAGAGAUAUAGAUGAAUGGAUAGACAGAGGAGGAGAAGAGGGACUAGAGAUAUUGAUGAAUGGAUAGACAGAGGAGGAGAAGAGGGACUAGAGAUAUUGAUGAAUAGAUAGACAGAGGAGGAGAAGAGGGACUAGAGAUAUUGAUGAAUGGAUAGACAGAGGAGGAGAAGAGGGACUAGAGAUAUUGAUGAAUGGAUAGACAGAGGAGGAGAAGAGGGACUAGAGAUAUUGAAGAAUGGAUAGACAGAGGAGGAGAAGAGGGACUAGAGAUAUUGAUGAAUGGAUAGACAGAGGAGGAGAAGAGGGACUAGAGAUAUUGAUGAAUGGAUAGACAGAGGAGGAGAAGAGGGACUAGAGAUAUAGAUGAAUGGAUAGACAGAGGAGGAGAAGAGGGACUAGAGAUAUAGAUGAAUGGAUAGACAGAGGAGGAGAAGAGGGACUAGAGAUAUAGAUGAAUGGAUAGACAGAGGAGAGAAGAGGAGAAACAAAGUCAUUAUUGUCCCUCUGUAUGGAUUCAGAAUGAGACCCUGAUGUCAUGAUACGGUUCCUUCUGACCAUAGAACGGUUUUCUCAAGCUCUCAUGUCCUAUUUGGUGUCAAAUAGUUUUGGGGUUCCUAGGGCCUCUGGGGCACCUCGUGGGACGACACUGGAUCUCUCCGUCACCGGAUCCUUACGCCCUCUAACCCUUGACCUCUAACCCCUAGUCCCUCCCAGAGAGGCCUGGUGGGGAGAAGAGCGCGAUGUCGUUGUGAAGUUGCUGAUUGCAGAUGGCUCUGUGUUGGCCGACGGUGCAGCUCUAACAGAGGGACUGUUUAAAGCCACGGUGCUGUUGUGUCUCUGUAGCCUGAGUGCCAGUAUUCUUUGUGCUGUCAUCAACUCCUUGUCACUAACUCAAUGUCACGUUCGGCUCGUCCAUGACAGCAGUGUAGUUGGCAUGGUAAUACAAACAGAUCUGGGACCAGGUUAUCUAUUGUGUGAGUAGAAGUUGUCAUCUUUUCCCCCCCUUGGUUGCUAAGGACAAUGGUUCUACAUCCUCUUUGGGGUUCAACAUUUCUCUUCCUGCAUCUUGGAGACUGAAGGAAAUACAAAUUGUCUACUGUUUUUGUUUUUUUCUUCUUCUCUAUAUUCUUCCCAAUAGUAACGUUUAUUGUGGAUUUUAAAAGAGUAAUGUCAGCAGACUCUGGAUCUCUACAGACCAGUGAAGUGGUGUGUUUUAAUGUCAGCAGACUCUGGAUCUCUACAGACCAGUGAAGUGGUGUGUUUUAAUGCUCAGACUCUGGAUCUCUACAGACCAGUGAAGUGGUGUGUUUUAAUGUCAGCAGACUCUGGAUCUCUACAGACCAGUGAAGUGGUGUGUUUUAAUGUCAGCAGACUCUGGAUCUCUACAGACCAGUGAAGUGGUGUGUUUUAAUGUCAGCAGACUCUGGAUCUCUACAGACCAGUGAAGUGGUGUGUUUUAAUGCUCAGACUCUGGAUCUCUACAGACCAGUGAAGUGGUGUGUUUUAAUGCUCAGCAGACUCUGGAUCUCUACAGACCAGUGAAGUGGUGUGUUUUAAUGUCAGCAGACUCUGGAUCUCUACAGACCAGUGAAGUGGUGUGUUUUAAUGUCAGCAGACUCUGGAUCUCUACAGACCAGUGAAGUGGUGUGUUUUAAUGCUCAGACUCUGGAUCUCUACAGACCAGUGAAGUGGUGUGUUUUAAUGCUCAGACUCUGGAUCUCCACAGACCAGUGAAGUGGUGUGUUUUAAUGGUCAGACUCUGGAUCUCUACAGACCAGUGAAGUGGUGUGUUUUAAUGCUCAGACUCUGGAUCUCUACAGACCAGUGAAGUGGUGUGUUUUAAUGGUCAGACUCUGGAUCUCUACAGACCAGUGAAGUGGUGUGUUUUAAUGUCAGCAGACUCUGGAUCUCUACAGACCAGUGAAGUGGUGUGUUUUAAUGUCAGCAGACUCUGGAUCUCUACAGACCAGUGAAGUGGUGUGUUUUAAUGUCAGCAGACUCUGGAUCUCUACAGACCAGUGAAGUGGUGUGUUUUAAUGCUCAGACUCUGGAUCUCUACAGACCAGUGAAGUGGUGUGUUUUAAUGUCAGCAGACUCUGGAUCUCUACAGACCAGUGAAGUGGUGUGUUUUAAUGCUCAGACUCUGGAUCUCUACAGACCAGUGAAGUGGUGUGUUUUAAUGCUCAGAUUCUGGAUCUCUACAGACCAGUGAAGUGGUGUGUUUUAAUGCUCAGAUUCUGGAUCUCUACAGACCAGUGAAGUGGUGUGUUUUAAUGUCAGCAGACUCUGGAUCUCUACAGACCAGUGAAGUGGUGUGUUUUAAUGCUCAGACUCUGGAUCUCUACAGACCAGUGAAGUGGUGUGUUUUAAUGGUCAGACUCUGGAUCUCUACAGACCAGUGAAGUGGUGUGUUUUAAUGCUCAGAUUCUGGAUCUCUACAGACCAGUGAAGUGGUGUGUUUUAAUGCUCAGAUUCUGGAUCUCUACAGACCAGUGAAGUGGUGUGU